UCUCUCUCGUCGCCAAGAAAAAAAGCAGUGGACUUCGCCAUCGAUCCCAGCUGCCUCCUCUCUUCCUUCCUGCCCCACCAGCAAUCUCUGCUACUCGAGUGAGCGAGCUGCUUUAGGCCUCCCAUCUUCUCCACUCCCCGGCAGCGAGCCGCUUCCAACGAGGUGGUGCUUCUCAGUCUCGUCACUUUUUCCCUUGGUGAUGUGCUUCAUCGUCGCCAUUGCAUGCAUGUACAAUCAUGGGUUCAUGUGUGCCAAAUGGGGCCUCGCCCUCUAGAACACUUGAAGGCCAGGCGAGGAUGGACAGGCUGAACGCGAAGCUGUACCUGCAGAACUGCUACAUCAUGAAGGAGAACGAGCGGCUGCGCAAGAAGGCGCUGCUGCUCAACCAGGAGAACCAGGCCCUCCUCACCGAGCUCAAGCAGCGCCUCGCCAAGACGGCGGCGGUGGCGGCCAACAACAACAACAACGGCAGCGCCAAGGCCAACGGGAACGCUGCCGCAGCAGGCAACCGCGCGCUCAUCCCUGACCUCAAUGCCGCCGCUGCAGGGGCGCAUGGCGGCCACGAGAAGAAGGCGGCGCCCAAGCCCAAGAAGGCGGUUCCAAACUGAUGCGGCCUGUUACUGCCAUAGUGCCAUGAGCUAGAGUUUGUAGUUCUUAUUAAUGGUUUUAUUACUUCUGGAUGUUAGGGCUGUGUGUUUAGUUUCAGCUGAUGGAAAAUCGCGUGCCUACUGAUGUGUAGCAGAGUCCUCAUGGAUGGGUAGCUAGAUCAGCUAGGGCCUAGGGGUAUAUAUACAUAGUUGGGUCAUUUGUGUGCUGCAUGGCAGUGGUGUUUCAGCAGCUCUUGGUUUCCUGAGGUCUUUACUCUUUAGCACAACUUGAGCCAGAGCAUGGCCAAUGUUAUCUGCUGCUUGUUUGAUGAUACUAUGCCAAUCUAAUGCAUGGUGCUACCAUCUUUUUUCUUGAAAA